AUGGCGGAGGGGCGCGAGCCACUAAACGGCCACUGGGUGUCGCCCUUGCUCCACGCAAGAUACCUCACCCUUCCCAACUUGACCGCGCUGACGUCACGGCAGUCUGGAGCAUCAAGGCCACUUCCACGCCGCUAUUGGUCUGAAAGUCACAUGACCACGUCUCCAAGCAUCCAUAAUUAUGUUGCUGAUAUAUUUUUUGCGCCCCCCUCCUCCCCAAAAGAUGUCAGCAUCCCACUGUCCUUAUUGUGUCGGGAGGGUCCGCUAGUCGGACUGGAGAGAGAGAGAGAGAAAGAGAGAGAGCGCGAGCGAGCGAGGAAAAUGACAUGUCCCAAUAACACUGCGGCUGGCAACUUCCUGCUGGAUUCCUUGAUGGGAGGCUCGUCAUCGUACAAGAGUGACGCUUACUCCGGCGGGCCCGGCAUGUUCGUCCACGCCGCCGCGGACUACGGCUACUGCGGUGGGAGAAACCCGCAGGCCAAGGCGUCCCCGUCUCUCUCCAAGGCUGCCGCAGAGGGACUCCCGGCGGAUGGCCUCCCGCUCGCCAGCUUCCACGAAGGGCCCUACCUGGCCGCGCAGAUGGCCGCUUGGAGCCCGGGAUCCAAGUCCGGGGGGGACUCGCAACCUGUUGCCCCGGCUUUACAACCGUGCCACGUCAAAGAGGAGGCGUUUUGUGGCGGCAAUAAGAGCAAAGACUCCUCAGAGGCGGCCGUCUACAUCCGGCUGGGGGACAAUAGCUGCCGCCCGGAGGCGAGCGGCUCCUACCAGGUGUACGACACCGAGGGGCGGCUUCGGCCUGACGAGCGGACGCCCCCCUCCGGAUUUUCGUUCGCUCAUUUGGCCGAAACCGGCACGAGGGAAGCCGGUCAGGUGGAAGACGACGCUCAGGGCGCUCAGCACAAGGCCAAGACUGACAGCUGCUCGGAUGACUCGGAUGUUCAAUUCAAAGACGUUUCAUCGGAGAAGACAAGCGGGAGCUGGUUGAAGGCCAAAAGCGGCCGCAAGAAGCGCUGCCCUUACACUAAGCACCAGACGCUGGAGCUGGAGAAGGAGUUCUUGUUCAACAUGUAUCUGUCUCGCGAGCGCCGCCUGGAGAUCAGCCGGAGUAUCAACCUGACCGACAGACAGGUCAAGAUCUGGUUCCAGAAUCGACGCAUGAAGCUCAAGAAAUUGAGCAGGGAGAGCCGCCAUAGGGAGCAUGGCGCUGUCUAUCACUACGUCUAA